AUAAAUUGAACAAGGGACCUCUCCAAUGGCCCCUUCUCUCGUCCUUCUUCUUCUGUCUAACAAUACACUACCACACACUUUCACGCUCUCUUCUCUCACACCUUUCUUCUUCCUCACCCAAAAUUCUUCUCUCUAUGUUCUUCUUCAUCUUCUAGCUCUCUCAUCUCUUCUUCUCGCCAUAGCUUCACCUUCCUUCUCAAGCUGUACAGUUAAAGCUUAAGAUUAAUUUUCGUUAAUUUUAAAUUCGAAGAAAAGAUGAAUCACUUUGCGGUUCAACCAAACGCGUUCGCUGCCGGCGGAGAUUUGAGAAGCAGCUCCGUUUCAGUUGUUGAAAGAGAUCAAACCACCGUCGUUUGUCCAAAACCACGUCGUAUUGGUCUCCGUAACAACCAUCACCAUCCUUCUCGAUCUCUCCGUUGUUACUUCAGUCAUCAAUUGGAGCUUUGUGAAUCCAAAGCAGAGACUGAUAUCUUAGAUAUCAUACUCACCAAGGAUGGUUAUGGUGCAGAACAAGUUAAUAAGCAGGUAAUAGACUCGCCGUCCCCGUUUUUAUGUGGGUCGCCGCCGAGCAGAGUCGCUAACCCAUUAACACAGGAUGCUCGAUUUCGAGAUGAGAUUGUAUCGGUUUCUUCAGUGAUUCCGCCUCAGUUGGGUUUACCUCCUUCUUCAUCUCCUUCUUCUUCCUCUGGGAGGAAAGGAGGAUGUGUUGUUAGAGGCAAUUUUGGUAACAGCCCAAAGGUUAGAGUUGAAGGGUUUGAUUGUCUUGACAGGGAUAGCAGAAACUGCAGCAUCCCUGCCUUGGCUUAGAAACGAAACCCGAAACGAACCCUUUUAGGAUUUUCAUACAUACUCUUUUGAGUUAACUCACAAAAAAAAAAAAACAAUUAGUGCGUCGUAAAUAUAAGUGUUAAGGAGAUUGAGAUGUUGUGUGGAAUCUUUGAGGGGGGAAAGAGGAGAUCGAUGAUCCUUUUGGAGUUUGCUUUUUUCAAGAGUGUAAAUAGGUAACGGAGCAAUUUUCUGGGUUAAGUUUUAUUAAGUAUCUAGUGUUUUUUUGUGGUUAUUUUGUAAGUAUUAAGGAGAGUAAAAAUAAAAGAGUUAGGUUUUGAAGAGAUAUUAAAUAUUUGGGAAGGUCAGAUUUCUUUGUAUGGUUCAUUUGUGUAAAGUAAAGAAAGAGAUUUGGACCUAAUCAGUGAGAGAGAUAGGAAAAAAGAAGGGUAUUUUCGAUAUUUUUUUUUUAUUUUUUUUUUUGGAGAGUCGGUUUCGAUGAGGGAAAAAAAUUUGUACAAAAAGAAAUUCAAAUGAUAUUUUACUUUGAAAGCAGCGAAUCUGUUGUUUCUGAAAAGAUGUGGUUUUUGAGGAAAAUGAUGUAAUGUGUAAAAAAGCUGUGAUCUGAGAAAUGCCAUGUGUUGAACUAACGUUGGAGACUAUUCAAAAUAUCUGGUUGGUUUAGUUAUUACAUAUAAUUAAAUCUUCAUCUCCCAGAAAAAAAUAUCUUUACUUUUACCGUCAGUGAAUUAUGGAAUGUGGAAUAUGCAAUAAAAUUAUGAGUUAAAGACACAUUCAAUUAUUCUAAAAAAGGAGUUGUAACUUGUAAGGUUAAAAAAAGAAAAUAAAAGUCAAGGUAACUUGAAAGGAUUAAAAAGGUGAAAUGAAAAUGUGUGAAUAUAUUCGUGAUAAGAUAAAGUGUUCCUUUAAAAAAAAAAUUAUGAGAAAUAAGGGAAGAGAAAAAGGAGAGGCAGAAAUGAGAAAGAACAUGCGGUCUGAGCGCAUCUUCAACGCUUUUGGUUGCAAGGAUAUCGUCAGAUCUGUGAAAGUCUGACACUCUGCUACUUCUGCUCCUUCUCUUUUUUUUUUAUUUUCUCCUUAUUUUAUUUCAAAUUAUUAUUAUAUGAUGUUUUAAUUUGACAAAGUUGUUGCAGAUCCUUUAAAGAAGUCCACGGGCCACAAAUUCACAUAUGGGGUUUGAAGACUGGACAUAUUCUAAAAGCCCAUUGGAAGCUGUAAUCAUUCAUACUUCAAUAAAUGUGUUAUUUUUGUUAUCGAUUCAUAUAUAUUAAUCCUAAUUCAGAGUAUUAACAGUGGGUUUCUAAUAUAUGCAAUAGUAUAGUAAC